CUAGAAACAUAGUUAUCAAUGUUUCAUUUACUUCAGAAAAGGGUAGAACGCUGCGCGGACUGACUCAUUUUAUCUAUAAACAGUAUAAUGUAUAAGGCACUAGUGUUCGUGUAUUUUACUGUGAUUUUAAACGGAAAUCCCAUAGUUCACGCUUUCAGAGAAUUUAAUGUAAAUGGCGCGGUGAAGAUUCUAGCGUUGGAAAAUGAAAAGAUAAAUAUACAAUGUAAGCAGGAUACCCCCAUGGCUUAUUGUGGCUUUGUACACCCAAGCGGCAAAAGGUUUUCAUUUUCAGGAAGCGAGCUCACAAACGGACACUGUGCCAUACCCAUCAAUGCGACUCGUCAGGAUGUAGGCGAGUGGAGAUGCCAUAUAGGACGAAAGCUUACAGGUGUAGAAGAUCUGCAGAUAAUCGAACUUCGUGUCGUCGACAAAGUAGCGGCAAUACACAACAACAUAAAAACAGUUCACCGCAAAGAUGUCACAUUAGAGUGCGCGACCACGGAGGGCUAUAGCCCACUGAGUUACUGCCGCUUUGAGCCCCCUAAUGGCGCGCCUUUCAGUAUUGAUUCAGCAGUGAAUUACACGACAUCAAUCCUCGGCCGCUACUACUUCCCGCAAAACAAGAGCUUGGAUCGAGGAGAUUGUGCUGUGACAAUCAGGAAGGUGAAAUACGAAGAUGUGGGAAUUUGGACUUGCGGAGCUGGUCUUAGUGACGGGAAGGAGUAUACGGACACAGUGGAAUUGAUCGUAGAAGGCAUAUACUCCAUGUCAACAGCAUCAGCCACAGGGGUGACCUUCGGCGCGAUAGGUAUCGGGGCGUUCCUGAUCAUCCUCGGGUACCUUGGCUGGAAGAAGAGGAGCUUCCUCGGGGUAGCGCCGAGGCAGGAAGGGCACGACGAAGGGCACGAAAUGGGGGAAAUUCCGCAGGCCCGGAACUCGCCACAAAGUAGAAGAUCAUCCAUCAGUAGACGCUCGCCGCAGACCAGUUCAGUGCCCAUUGUGGUCGUCCAAUCACCGUCAGAAACGGGCUCGCCUCAUAACUAGUAGACAGGAGGUGAUCGAACCAUAGAAGCGACAGACAAGAUUAACCCAGGUAGCAAAGUGACGUCAGCGAGGUCAUAGUGACGUCAUUUAUACGUCAUAAUGACGUAACGGACGUAUAAAUGCUACCUGGGAACCCUUUGAACGCCACGACUAUCGUGCGCAGCGCGUCAUUAUGAACCUUGUCGAAAUGAACGAAGGUUGAUAUCGGCAGUCGAAAGGUUAAUAGUCUCCAAUUUAUUCGUCCAAUCAAACCAGAAACAAGAAGAGGAGACGAUCGACUAAUACAAGCAACAGACAAGUUUAGUAGUCGUCCAAUCAGCGUCAGAAACGGUCUCCCCUAAUGUCAUUGAUCACUAGUAGAUAGUAGACGGAGACACGAUAAUAGAAUGCCCAGUUGUCGAAUCAGCGUCAGAAAUGCAGUGCCGGAUUAAGCCAGCGCGGGGCCUGUAGCAAAUUCUAUCAUGGGUCCCAUAGAUUGUUUUAAUUUUGUCGUAAGGAGUGAAACUUAGGUUUUUUACGGCCACAAUGCGUAGGUGCGCGAGGCCUCCAAACGCGCGGGGCCCGUGGCAUUUGCUACUUUUGCAAGAAACGGGUCGGGGCAACGAAACCGACCGAUCGGAAACUUCGGUCUGAUACUUACUAAUGACAAUAUGAUCAGUAGACGGGAGGGAAGGCGGAGAGACAGACGAUUAAUAGGCCAGGCCAGGUACAGGCCAGUACUGUCCGAACGAAAAGAACCGAAAACAUGAUUUUUAUACCGAAACCGAAAGUUUGGCCAGACACUACUAGUUUCGGCGCGGCCGAAAGGUUUGGUAGUUUGGCUGAAACCGAACGUUCGGUCGGACACUAGGUACAUACUCGCCUUGUUGUCUUUAGUGUACAUUAGGGCGAUCAAGAUGUAUAUAAAAUGUUAAACGUAUAUAAAGCGGCGGAGAUAUAUUUAAUAAAAUAAUUGAAUUGGUUCCCAAAGUUGUUAAAAAGAUUUGUAAUUAUAUUAUGUUAAUUUGAACCCGUUUGCUAUAAAAGUAAAUAGAAGUAGUAAUGGAGAAAAAAAAUGGAAUGAAAGUGAUACUCAUCGUUUUCCUGGUCCUAAUAUAUAACCUAGUGACACUUCUAUUCUUGUUAAAUCUAUGCUAAGGUGUACCUAUUUAUUUGUGUAAUUUCCAAAGUCACUCUAAUAUUAGAGUAACAUUUUUUUCGUUAAUCUAAAACAAUUGGAUUACCCGAAUACACCAUAAGGAUCUCCCCAGACAUAUCGACGUGGAAUCGGCAAAACACGAUAGGAAAAACCUUUGUCUGCGCAAUAAAUAAAAGCGAAAAAGCCGGCAGGCGUCGGCCGAUGCGAGCCGAGCCGAACGACGACUUUUUCACUCUUAUUGCGCAGACAUAAAGCUUUUUCCUAUCGGCUUUUGCCGAUUCCGCGUCGAUGUAUCUAGGGAGACCCUAUUUAUAUAUAAACAUACGCUAUCUAGUCGCUAUUUGUAAUCAAAUAGGCAAUAUAAAUCAAUAUCAUAUUAAAGCAGAAAUAAAACAAUAAAAUAUUUUUAUGCACCGUUUCGUUUUUAUUUUUUUAUUUUUUUUAUAUUGUUUAGACUUUUAGUGUAAGGCCUGAGUGGUAGCUCGAAGCGGAGCGUUCGGCGGGGCGUGCAGCGUGGCGUCGGGCUCACAAGUGAUUUGAGCAGCGUGCACUAAGGCCGCUCCUAUACGUUUGCAUUUGUUUAACAUGCACGCCGCACGCCCCGCCCCGCUGCACGCCCAACUCGAGCGUCCACUCAGGCCUUACUCUUAGAGUAACACCCUGUCUCUGAUCGGAUGCACGAGUUAAUUGUAGUGAUUCUGAUAAACAUAUGUGUACUUAUUGUAUGUAUUGCACAAUACAAGUGUUAUUGAGCUUACUGUGGGACUAUACAGCCUAUAUCUUUAGGUAGUUAAAUAAAUGUCGGUAAACAAUGUGUUUUUACAUUUUCGGGUACUUGAAACAUUUAUCAGUUAACCAACCAAAUAGAAAACUGCCUGUUAAUCGUAUUAUUUUUUUAUCUGCCCUCAAAUGGCUAAAUAUUGGGUCUCGUUUUACUAGGGCGAAGUAAUGGCGUAUAUUACAAAACUAAAUUACUAUUGAUUAAUCAAAUCAUUCCGAUAUAUUCCUAUUAACAAAAUAGCAUGAUUACAGCAGCUUCGUUGUUACGUUGAGUAAGUAAUAUAUGUAGUAAAACUUCUAAAAAUUUUGGUUUUUCGAGUUAAAUUAAUUGACUUGAAGAAUUGUCUUGCCCAAUAAAAUGCCUAAUUGUGGUUUGUUUACAUUCUUUUAACCUUUUGGACGCCAAUGACCGAUAUAUACGCACCGUAGUUUCAACGCCAAAGACCGAUUAAUAGGUCAUAGACCACAGAGCAACAUAGACCUACAUGCAUAUGCAUAAAGUUCAAUUUCAAUUUUGACACUUCGGUGACGUGGCAUCUUGAUGACUGCUUUUGUGUUUGACAUACAUACAUACAUACAUACAUAUAAUCACGCCUAUUUCCCGGAGGGGUAGGCAGAGACCACGGAUUUUCACUUGCUACGAUCCUGACAUACCUCUUUCGCUUCCUUCACUUUCAUAACAUUCCUCAUACACGCUCGCCGGUUUAGGGUGCUCUUGACCUGGCCUUUCUUCAGCAUUUCCCCGAUCUGGUCAGAGAAAGUCCGCCGAGGUCUGCCCCUUCCAACUCCCGUUUCUACCUCUCCCUUA